CAGGCUGGGUGUCGGAGCGCCUGAAGCAUACAGCCUCCUAACAGCAAGGUGCUCCAGCCAACAUAAAAAGUGAGUCUACCAGACAUCCCCCGUCGGAGAGAUCUUAAACUCAGGGCACAGCAGAAGGACAGCAGACUGGAUCACAGCUGCGACCUCCAGUGGGGACCAAUCAAGAAGUUACACUAAGAAGAAACAGCACAUUAUAUUACAGAGGAAAGGCGGAAACUGUUUCUGAAUCAUGUUUGACCCAGAUGUGAAGUACCAGCCAUGCAGUACCACAGACACAACCGAAGGUGGUCAAAUCAAUAUGGCAGAGAAGAAUUCUCAUACUAUGGUUCAAAUUGUGGAACCGGUUAUUAAUGGACUUCGUGUAUCAGAUAAUCUCAAAAAAUCUUUACAAGGAGCCUCUUUGUCCUUCCGUGACAUCAACUACAGAGUGAAGAUAAAGACUGGCCCGAUAUGUUGCCGGAAGAGUGUGGAGAGAGAUAUUCUGAAAGAUGUCAAUGGAAUUAUGAGGCCUGGUCUAAAUGCAAUUUUGGGACCUACUGGCAGUGGCAAAUCAUCGCUCCUGGAUGUUCUUGCUGCAAGGAAAGAUCCACAUGGCCUUACUGGUGAGGUACUAAUAGAUGGCAAGCCACAGCCACCUAACUUCAAAUGCCUCUCUGGCUAUGUUGUGCAGGAUGAUGUUGUGAUGGGAACAUUGACCGUUAGGGAGAACCUGCAGUUCUCUGCAGCCUUGAGAUUACCAAGAGCAGUGAGGCAAAAGGAGAAGGAUGAGCGCAUCAAUCAGGUCAUCAAGGAACUUGGAUUAACCAAAGUGGCUGACUCGAAGGUUGGCACCCAGCUGAUUCGUGGUGUGUCUGGUGGAGAGAGGAAAAGGACAAACAUCGGUAUGGAGCUCAUCACUGACCCCGGGAUUUUAUUCUUGGAUGAGCCAACUACUGGUUUGGACGCCAGCACUGCUAAUGCUGUUCUGUUGCUGCUAAAAAGGAUGUCAAGGCAAGGCAAGACCAUCAUCUUCUCUAUACACCAGCCACGCUAUUCCAUCUUCAGGCUGUUUAAUAGCAUGACCUUGCUGGCUGGAGGCAGGAUGUUAUACCAUGGGCCUGCUGAGACUGCACUGGAUUACUUUACAGAACUGGGCUAUGAAUGUGAAUCACAUAACAAUCCUGCUGAUUUCUUUUUGGAUGUAAUCAAUGGAGACUCAACAGCCGUCGCCCUCAAUAAUCUGGAAGAGUUGGAUCUAGACAAAGUAAAUGAUAAUGGCUCUCAAACCGUGGUGGAAAAGUUGUCUACAGAGUUCUGCAAUAGCAGCUAUUACAGGGAAACAAAAGCCGAACUGGAAAAACUGUCAAGCAGUGAAAAAAUAAAGACCAAUUUUUUUUCCAGACAAAUCACAUACAACACAUCAUUCUUCCACCAGCUCAAAUGGGUCUCCAAGAGAUCCUUUAAAAACCUAUUGGGUAAUCCCCAAGCUUCCAUUGCCCAGGUAAUGGUUAGUCUUAUUCUCUCCCUUAUUGUCGGAGCCAUUUUCUUUGGCGUGAAAGAAGAUGAGAAUGGAAUUCAAAACAGGGUGGGCUCUUUGUUUUUUAUAACUACAAACCAGUGUUUCAGCAGCGUGUCAGCCAUAGAGCUCUUUAUUGUGGAGAAGAAAAUAUUCAUACACGAGUACAUUAGUGGUUACUACAGAUUAUCAUCUUACUUCGUCUCCAAGUUGCUGGGAGAUCUGCUUCCCAUGAGGACACUGCCAAGCAUUAUUUUUACCUGCGUUAUCUAUUUCAUGAUUGGAUAUAAACCCACCGUAGGGUGUUUCUUCACCAUGAUGUUCACUUUGAUGAUGCUCUCCUACACUGCCACGGCUAUGGCUCUAGCUAUAGCAGCUGGACAAGAUGUAGUUGCUGUCGCCAACCUUCUAAUGACUAUAUGCUUCGUCUUUAUGAUUAUAUUUUCUGGAUUACUUGUGAAUUUGACAUCUAUAAUGGAUUGGAUAUCCUGGCUGAAGUACUUCAGCAUACCCCGAUAUGGGCUGACUGCUCUUCAAGCAAAUGAAUUUCCCGACCUGGUUUUCUGCCCAAACAGUACAGUCAGUUUUUGGGACCCACCUCCUUGCAAUUCAAGCACCCCUGGUUAUGUGACCGGUGACAGUUAUUUAAUAAAGCAAGGAAUUGAGCUCGGCUCCUGGGGCCUGUGGCAGAACCAUUUGGCGUUGGCUAUAAUGACCCUGAUAUUCCUCACGAUCGCCUACUUGAAGCUAUAUUUUAUGAAGAAGCUCACAUAAGCUACGAUCAGCAGACAGCACUUCUUAUAAAUGUUUAUUUGUACAUAUAUUCCUUAAACUGAAUCACUAAGUGAUCCUUCAUUUCUUAACGGCUGAUGCACAUCUAAAUUUAAUCAACAGAUUGCAGCCAAUAGAUUACCUGGUGAUGAUGCACUACUGAUUGUUGUAAUGCAGAUUAGUGGGCCAAGUAUAGUUUGAAUGUAAGCUUAUUAACAAAUCGAUAAUACAAAGUUCCUUUUAAGCUACACAAAUAACAGUUGUGACCCUUAUGACACAAUGGUUUACAUUUUGUACCCACAGUGCUUUGUGUGUGUGUGUGUUCUGUACCAAGCUGUUAUGUGUGCAGAAAAGACACAACAGGGUAAAUUUACUAAGAUGGGAGUUCUAUUUAAGAUGGGAUGUUGCCCAUAGCAACAACAUUUUCUAGAAGGUGCUAGAUAAAAAGUAGAAUCUUUUUGGUUGCUAUGGGCAACAUCCCAUCUUAAAUAGAACUACCAUCUUAGUAAAUUUACCCCGUUGUGUUUUACCUUUGUUCCAUUUCAUGUUAUAAGUAUGACUUUACAGUAAUGUAAAUUGUACUUGUUCUGAAUUAUUUAUGACUGUUUGUUUAUAACAUACUAUAAUAGUUCUAAUUUUAGUAACUUUGUUUUUAUAUUUAUAUUUUGUCUAAUUCAACUAAAAUUUGUUUUGUAACUGUAAUGAAACCAUUCUAGGUAUAUGCUAUGCAUUUUUUGCAGGGACAAAAUGUGCAGCAUUUCUGACACUUCCAGCACAUGACAACUUAAGAAUGUUUAAAAAAACUUACAAAGAACUACAGUGUUUGUAUCAGAAAUAAAUCAAUGUUCAUAA